AUGGCACGCAAGACUCUUGCCAUGGAAUUACUCGGUCGCGGGGGGCCGUCGUUGAGUUGGUUUCCGCGACGCGCCACGCUUGCCCGUGCUGUUCGCGUUGAUGAACGUGCCCACCCCUCAGAGAUGGGCCGUGUCAUUCCCGAAGAACCUGAUUCUGAUUCUAGUAGAGACGCCAACGGAGACGCUGGCUUAUCGGAAGAAGACGACGAUGGGGGACAGGAGGCACACUUUCCUGUCAACCUGAAUGCAGACGGAUUAGGCUACCGCGAGUUCACCGAAGAACAGAUCGAGAUCUACUCGCAAGAUCCAGUGCGCGGUUGCGCCGAUACCCUUCUGCUUUACGUCGGAGAUGCCGUCUUCUCUCCUGCUCAUUUCUAUGCGGACGGUAGCGGCGCAGGAUACGCCGUUUCUGGUGAAUUUCUCGAGGCACUCGACCGCCACGCGGCCACCCUCGCGCCGUCUUCGCCUACUUCAGAUCCGUUCUCCUCAGAGCCGCAGCGCUUCCUCUUCGGACGCUGGAACAAGAACACGGAUGCAGAAGACUGGCAGCUCAUGACGCAGUCCCUCACACGCUCAGCGCCGGCCAGCAUCAAACCAUUCAAUCUCUUACGCGAGCGGCCCGAUCGCCGUGGCGUCUUUGAGUAUCUCGGACGCUUCGAGUUCGCGGUCGACCGCGCGCAGGAUGGGCAGUCGCUUGCUUGGGAGUUGCUCGAUGCUUGUCAGCCUGACGAGCGCCCCGAACUGUAUACUAUCCCACCCGGGUGGACUGCAGAACAGGCACACGCGCAUUGGAGGAAGCAGGCCCUUGGUGGGAGGCAGAGGUUGCUCUUCUAUCUGCCUCGCGCUCCCUACUUUCAGUUCGAACAGCUCGGCAUUGAGAAGGCCUUUUUGAGGAAAAUGUUGGACAUCCGUAGGGAGAACUUCGUCGAUGAUGAAGCUUGA